UCAUCUUUCAUAAUUCUAUUCACUUUUAAUAUGAUUACUUCCACUUUCUCACUUCACGAGUUUCCGGGGAUUUGAUUUCUUUAAAAAAUCAUGGGAUGUGAAGAUCUGAGGAUUCAAUUUUUAAUAUUAUUGGAAAUGACUUCCACUUUCUUCUUCUGUUCUAUCCCUUUUUGUUAUGUGUUCUCUCUAUCAUUUGGAUUUGUUUCCUUUUGCUGCCGUUUCUUUUGUAUUUUUUUUUUAAAACAAGAGCUCAACACAAUAAAGUGAGCAAAAAGAACUAGCAAUACACCACAAACCUACUAAAAGAACUAACACAAAAUCAAGAGCUCAACACAAUAACGUAGAGCAAAGAACUAGAAAACCACCACAAGCCUACAAGAAGCAGUAACAUGAUAAGGUCCCGGUGUCAUCUUCGGCAUAGCCAUCAACAACCCAGAGGAUCAACACCUUUCCAUUCAUUAACGCUGGUCGCGGACAUGUGGAUAACUUGUGCAACAUCUUUGCUUUGAUUCUGGAAGAUCCGCCUAUUUCUUUCCAACCAUAUAUUCCAAAUAAUUGCGCUAAAACACCUUAGUCACUGCUUUCGAGCCUCCGUACUCCUCGAUUCCUCUGUCCAACUUAGAAAAUGCUCUUUCAUCGUACCCGGGCAAGACCAUUGGUAUCCACGUCCUGAUUUUCAAGCACUCCACACCUGCCAAGCGAAUGCACAGUCUAAAAACAAGUGAUGUACCCAUUCCACAUCAUUAUUGCAUAAAACACAUACGUUAUCUUCCUGUCUAAUAAUGCCAAAACGACUCAACCUAUCCUUUGUAUUCACCCUGCCUAUCAACACAAACCAAGUAAACAGCUCCACUAUUUGUGGAACCAAACCUUUCCAAAUAGUUCUUUUUGUAUUUUAUUUAAUUUAUUUUCCGCCCUUAAAAUUCUCCUUUUGUUCUUAUUGCUUUUGGACAUAAAAUUAUUGUGAAAAUGACUUUAGAUGUGUGUUGUAGCAGCAUCUAUAAUUUUUAGCUUUUUUUUUUUGUGACAUUUCACUUUGAUUUGUGUAUGUCCUAUUAUUUCCCAAUAAGUUACCGACCUGAAUUGAGUUUUGAAAAGCAAGAUUUCUUCCUUUUAUUUUCAGUUACCCACUCCAGUUGGAAAUUCCUUCACAAAGAUUAAUAUUAGAUUACAAAAUCCCCAAACACUGGCUCACGCGUUUUUCAUGAUGCGAAGCUAAGCGAAGUUCUUAUAGAGAAAUGCAAGGAUAUCCGGGUAGAUGAAAGGAUGCAAGGUCUUAUAGAGAAGAGGGAGAUGAGUAGUUUAGAACUAGGUUGGGUUGCGUUUGGUGUCUCCGGGUUUGUUUGGUAAACUCAAAUUCGAAAUUCUUGAUCUUCUCGCUCCUUAUCAUCGCAGUUUGAGGGAGUAAAUACCCAUAGUAGUCCCUGAGAUUCACGCAAUUACUCAUAGUAAUCCCUAAGAUUUCGAUUUCCCUAUUGUAGUCCUCCAGAUAGAGCUCCGAGCACUCAAACUAGUCCCUGGCCAUAUUUCAGGUGAUGACUCAUCACCGGAACGCUGACGUGGCCUAGGAUUGCCACGUGGGACAUGUCCAAAACGACGUCGUUUUGGGUUUGGCGCCCUUGAAAGCCAAAAACGACGCCGUAUAGUUGUUACUUAAUAUGAAAAACAGUUUUCUCCACCAACACAAACACUUCGUCUCUUCUUCUUCCACCUUCUGAGUUCUUCUUCAUCUCCCCAACAAUGGCGUAGCCGUAGGGUUGUAUGUGCUGGGUUAACAAAAAUUUGAGAGAGGAAGUCAUCUAAUCAGAAGUUGUUGUUGCUCUUCCCUUCCCUUUGUUCACCACAAAGACGAGGUUCUGACGUUGUGAUCGGACUCAAGAUGGAGGAGAAGUUGGACAUCAUGUUUCAUCAUGGGGGUGACUUCAAAAAAAAUGCAGAAGGAAUUAUGAUAUAUUCUCCGGACAAUAAGGCCUGUUUAGGUGAUCUAGACACUGAUACUUUGGAUGUGUUCUACAUAAGGAACUACCAUAGGGAGCUUGGGUACAAUGACAUUAAACAGUGCUGGUGGUAUGUUCCUGGAAAAUGUUUGGAGAAGGGGUUGAGAAAUGUAAACAGUGACAUAGAGAUAAGAGAGAUGGUGAAUUGUGCUAGGACAAAUGAGGGAUUGAUUGAUAUAUAUUUCGAGCAUACAGUGUCAGUGCCGGAGGUGUUAGAGGGAGAUAACACAGUUGUGUACUUGGAUGAUCAUGGUGGAGAGGGAUGUAAUGCAGGUACAGAUACUGAUGUGAGUCCCCCAGUUACAGAGACUCAUGCAAUCAUAGUUGCUCCUCCUAUCCCUAAGGUUGUACUCAACACUUCUUGCAAAUCCAGUCCCAAAAAAAACAGAACAUCUCUACGGCAAUCACAACCAUCACACUCCCAAAACUGCAAUCCUUCCAAGACAACCAAACCUGUGAAGAAGAACAACUCCCCAAAAGUCACCAAGCCCACCAAGCCCACCCAGCUCACCAAGCCCACCAAAAUCAGCCAGCCCACGAAAUCCAGUCAGAACACCAAAUCAGAUAGGAGCAAGAAGCAGAAACUGUUUAAGAGACCAAGUAUUUCCAGGAGACCCUGCACACGGUCUGCUGCUAGAGGAUUUACUAGCAAAGUGUUUAACAAUGAAGUUCCCUUUGAUGUAUCUUCUGAUUCCUCUGAUAGUGAAGAGGAUAGCAUGUUCAAGCCAGGUCCGGAUGAGGGUAGUUCCUCUGAAUCUGAGGCUACAGGGAUUGAUCCUAAAACUGGGAGUAGGAUUAGGAGAAACAUGAUACAUGCUACGGUGGGUAAGAGAAAUAUUAGUCCACUAGGUAAAGGGAAGGAGAAGAUAUUACAUGAAGACGAUGGUUUGGUGGAGGAGGUGAGCGACGCUGAGGUUGACCUUGGGUUUGUGGGUUGUGUUCAUGAAGGGGUAGAGGAUGACCUAGACCCAGGUGUUGACUCAGAUGGCACCAAUUCUUGGCACUCGGAGGAGAUGAAGACGCCUCCAAACUCAGAAGAUGAGCUGGAGGAAGGAAAUGAAUCUGAAGAGGCAAAUUCGCUGUUUAGGGAGGGUGCAAGGUUUGGAGAGCUGCACCUUGAGGUAGGCAUGAAGUUCGAAACUAAAUGGGAAUUUAGAGAAGCUGUGAGAGAAUAUACAAUCCAAGAGGGAAGGAGCAUAAAGAUAGUGAAAAAUGAUAACAUUAGGUACAGGGCGGUGUGUAAGGUGAAAGAGUGCCCAUGGGUGGCUUAUGCAUCAAGAGACCAUGAAGACACAUGUUGACAAAUUAAGACAUUCAAUGAUGACCACACUUGCCCAAGAGAGGACAAGAAUAGGGCUGCCAACAGGAAUUGGGUAUGCAGCAAGCUUGUGAAGAAGGUGAGAAAGUAUCCAAAUUUUAGACACUGCGAGGCUACAACUUACUUCAAGACACGGUUU